CGUGGAGCUUCUGAGUCGCAGGGUUGUCGGUGAGGCGCUCGUCUGUUGCUUUGGAGGCAAAAGCGAGAAGGGAGGACUGGAGAGCAGAGCAGAGAGGAACUGCGAGACAGAAAGGAGGCGGUCAACCUCCUUUCCCGUUCAUAUGGCCAUACAGAGAGGGGUGUUGAUGGCCUCCAAGCCAGGGCUGUUCAUGUGAGAAGCAAAAUCCUAGAGGAGGAAGUGAAGAGUUUUUACACACAAAGCAUGGCCGCCUCGGCCAAGGAUGACGGAGCCUACGAAAGUGUGGCGCCCAUUAAAGAAGAGGACUGUGAGUGGGGCGGCAUGAAGCCAGAGGACUGUGAAAGAAGAAUUUCGGCUUUUAAAGAGGAGGAGUGCCCGGGGGAGAUUGUGGAGGUUAAAGUCGAGGAUUCCAAGGAUUUCUGGCAAAGACGAGAAACUGGGAAUAAUCUGAAGCAAGACGUCGGUGGAGAACCGCUUUGCGGUUUACCACCUUGGUCUACUACCCAGCAGACUCCUGUGAAACUGAAAUGUGAGUUUAAAGGCGAAUUUAGUGAAGGAAGCAGGAGAGAAAUUGAAGAUGAAGAGCAGCGGUCAUCAAGGAAUGGCGGAAUAAAUUUACAGGAGAAUGGCAGCUUGUCCCCAUCCUCAUUUGCUCAGACCCUGUGCCAGCAUCGAUUGCAACAGAAACGGGACAAAAAGAAGAUGUCAACCAGAGGACCAGAGAGGUGGACCUUAUCUUCCUUCCAGUGUAAUUCUUCUUCUUCUUCAGCACAGACAGAACCCUUCACUACUGAUCAGCAAAAAGCAUGUUCACCGGAGGAAGAGGCUUUCUACGCUGGCCAAGAGUACAAAACAACAGUCAAAAGCAAAUCUGACUGCAAAGAUGACUGCAAUUUGAUUCAGCCACUUCCAAAGUGCUACGCCUGUUCUGAAUGUGGCAAGCAAUUUUCACACAGCAACAGUUUUCAAAGACACAAAAGAAUCCACACUGGAGAAAAACCCCAUUGCUGUCCAGAAUGUGGCAAAGGAUUCUCACAGAUUAGCAGUCUCCAGAGCCACACAAGAAUCCACACUGGUGAAAAACCUUAUUGCUGCUCACAAUGUGACAAGCAGUUUUCAGUCAGUAGCAGCCUGCAGAGACAUGCAAGAAUCCACAGUGCAGAAAAGUCUUAUAGCUGCCCGGAGUGUGGCAAACAAUUCUCUGAGAAUAGCGCUCUUCAACAGCACAUACGAAAUUCAUGUAGGAGAGAAGCCAUAUGGCUGUUCUGAAUGUGGCAAAAGAUUCUCCCAUAACAGCAGUCUUCAGAAACACACAACGGUUCAUACUGGACACAAACCUCACUGCUGUUUUGAAUGUGGCAAAAGAUUUUCCUAUAACAGCAGUCUUCAGAAACAUGCUAAAAUUCACACUGGUGAAAAACCUCAUUGCUGCUCUGAAUGUGGGAAAAGAUUCCUACUAAUUUUCCAACUUCAACGGCACAGCAGAAUUCACACCGGAGAGAAACCUUACUGUUGUCCUGAAUGUGGUAAACGAUUCUCACACAGCAGUGGCCUUCAUAGUCAUAAAAGAAUUCACACGGGCGAGAAGCCUCAUUGUUGUUCUGAAUGUGGCAAGCGUUUCUCAGACAACCGGUGUCUCGAUAGACACAUGAGCAUUCACACUGGCGAAAAACCCCAUUGCUGUUCUGAGUGUGGCAAACGAUUCUCACAAAAAAGCAGUCUUCAGAUCCACACAAGAAUCCACACUGGAGAAAAACCAUAUGGCUGUUCUGACUGUGGCAAGCGAUUCUCCGAUGGUAGCAGUCUUCAGAAGCACACACGAAUUCAUACAGGAGAGAAGCCCUAUUCCUGUUCAGUGUGUGGCAAACGAUUUUCACAAAUAAGCAGUGUUCAGAGACACUCGGAAAUUCACACCGGGGAGAAACAACAUUGUUGUUCCGAAUGUAGGAAAAGAUUCUUAUAAAUAUGCCAACUUCACACCUUAUUGCUGUCUACAAUGGAAGUAAUGAGUCUUCAACAGUCACAGUCUUCAGAAACACACGCAAAUGUGUUUUGGGAGAAAUCCGUCUGAAAGGGGUAUUUUGGUUGUUGUUUUCAUGGUCACGUCAGACUUUUAUUAACUUGUGCACCAUGAAACGUUCUGGUGCUGUUUUAUAAUAAUAAUUUACCCUGAACCAACUUCCAUCAUCUGCUACCAUGGCCUUGGUCAUAAAACCAUGAGUGAGGGACCACCUCACAUUUGGAAGUUCUGGAUUACUGUUCUGUAAAUUACCGAGUCAAAAGGACAACCAUUGGGCUAACAGAAAUUCAAUUACAGUGUUACCUCGAAUGGCUUUGUUAUCCAUCCAUCUAUUAUCCAACCCGCUAUAUCCUAAUCCAGGGUCACGGGGGUAUGUUGGAGCCAAUCCUAGCCAACAAAGGGCGCAAGAUAGGAAACAAACCCGGGGCAGGGCGCCAGCCCACCACAUGCUUUGUUAUUUGUUGGAUAAUAUAACUGGGUGAGUGGCUGCCACCGAAGGACCUCUGACUCGGCAGAGUAUGGGAGGACUUUUCAGGAUAACAUCAGGUCCUCCAUUCCUGAUCUGGCAUUGAAAUAGACUUUGGUUACACAUCAAGACGAUAAACUGAAACACACCAACAAACAGUGAAAUGAAAGAAAGUUGGAUUGGAGGAUUGGCCAAAACAAACCCUGUUGAGAAACCUAAGUGACUAAUCUCAUGCUUGCAAAUCCCAAAAAUGUUAUUAAGUUGAAGGAGUUCUGCAGGACGAGUGAGUUACAAUCUCUCCAUAGUUUUGUGAGAGACAAGAAACUGGGGCAUUUACUUUUUCACAUUUGGUAAAACAUAACUUCCUUUAAUAAAUUAAUGAAAUGUUGGUUAGCAGCUUGUGUUUAUGUGUGCACAUCAGCUCCUUUUAUUUAGGGUUUCGCUGUACAUCUGAAAACAUGAAUUAGGAAAAAUAUUGAAUAUUACUAAAAAUCGGAUGGAGAACGCACUGUCUCACUGCCCUCUAUAGAUCUGUGUAUGGAUGUACUCUCAUAGGAACCACCAUCCAUCCAGUAUUACUAUAAGGGAAUACAUGAAGAGGGUGAGUUUAUAUCAUUGUCCUGAAUGUGGUAAGUGAUUCUCACAGAUAAGAGGGGAAAAAAAUUGGAGCCCCUCAAGAAUUUACCACUGCAAAGAAACCUCACUGCUCUUCUGAAUGUGUCAGAAGGUAUCCCUGAGAAACAAAAAACUCGGAUUUUGUGGGCGUAACUGGGGGAGCCCGUGGGGGGAGGGGGAUCAGUCAUUAUGUCCAAGAGGGCAAUUCAUUUUUCACAUUUAAUAAAACUGAACCUUCUUUAAUAAAUUAAUGAAAUAGGGGUUAAGAAUAUGUGUUAAAAAUGUAUUAUCAUUAUCAUCAAUGUCAGGGUAUGGUUGCAUAUCUGAAAACAUGAAUUAGGAAAAAUGACGGUACUUUUCUUAUAUCGUGAUGCAAAGCGGUAGGGCUGCCACCCCGGUUACUUUAAAUUAUUAGGCUGGCCUACACCAACCACAAAAAUUAACCUUAAAGUUAUCGGAGAUGGAGCAUAGUCACCGGUAGGUCCCUAAUGUUAAUGUCCCCUUUGGGUGCCUAAUCUUAAAAACGAUAAUGCGAUUUACAUCACCAUAAUAGAAAAGUACCAAAAUUUCUAGCGGUAUUAAAAAUCAUGUGUGGGAAACACUUUCUCACUGCCCUCUAUAAAUCUGUGUAUGGAUGUGCUGUAAUAGAAGGAAACAUCCACCUUAUUUUUUUAAGAGUAUACAAAAAGAGGGUGAGUUUAUAUCAUUGUCCUGAAUGUGGUAAACGAUUCUCGGCAUUAUAAGAGAAAAAAAAAAA